AUGAGCAGGACGGUGCAGGCAAGACUAGUCCUCACGGUGCAGCAUGCUUCACGAAUACCAUCCCCGCGGCGGAUAAGCAGCAUUGCACGUCGGCGCCACCCUCAUCGCCCAAUCUCCCCCCCUUCAAACGGCGGUCCACGCUCGGUAUCAACGGCUAUCAUUGAGCCGGACGUACCGCCAAUACGCAGAGACCCAGCUGAGGAUCUCAAAUAUUGCCUUGAGCUUCUGGAGCACGAUGUCGGAGGGGAUCAAUUCUGGGCGGAUAGGUUGCGCGAGGCAAUUUCGGAUCUCCGACCCAGGAAGCCAAGGGUCUCCAUCUAUGGUGACUCACUAUCAGCGCCAGAUGAUCUCGUAUCAGCAAUCCUGCAAACGCCAUUCAGUGACGGCUCCGAAAUACCGAGCUUCGUCACAAGCCGGACCAAAGACAGUGGAAUAAUAAAAUUCGAAUUCCGCUCUGAAACGGUACAAGGACCAAAUCACUUCGGCUUGCCAUCAGGUUGGCUUCAGCAAAGCGGGGCAGACCUCUUCGAGAUUUCUGGGCCUGGUGCCCUCACCCACCUCAUCCGUUCGGAUGUUACCGUCAUCGUGGUCGACCCGUACCGGCUUCUCGACGUCGCCGAGAUCCGCGCACUCCCGGACCUCCUCAAGCAGCGGAGCGUCAUCGUUGUCAACGGACAAACGCCCUUGAGAGACGCAACAUCCACUCGCCUCCGGGCGGUGCUCGGUCCAAACUUUACCGGUUGCAUCAUCUUUACCGAUGCGCAGCUUGCGACCAAAGCAUACGAUACUCUGCGCUCGGGCGGACAUUCCCCAUCAGCAGACGUCGUCAAUGAGUUUCAGAGACUCUUCCUGGAAUCCGGUGUCGGCACCGCCCAAAGGCUGCUUGCCGAGCUGGCGACAGCAGCCCAGGCUCAUCCCAACCUGGCGCUUGCUCUGGCGCGGCAGGAUGUCCGCACCAACGUGGAAGCGCAGACCGAAAAGGCCAAUCAGAUGUUGCGGACGAUCAACAGCCUGCGGACGGCUGCCAGCGCAGCGGCAAUGCGCGCCCGCCAUCUCAGCGUGGCGAAUCGAGCCAUCGAUGGCGGACAGAUCCAGGGGAGCGUGGGGGCAUCCAAGGUGGACGCCGCGAGCAGGAUGGCGUCGGCAUUUAGUGGAAGGUUGGGGUGGCUGUCGCUCUUCCUCCGGUUGCGGGUCGAUGACGUCGGAAAGGAGCUCGGCCGGGAAAUCGAGGGGGCUUUUAGCGAUGUGGAAAGACAGCUUGUCUAUGAAGCCGGACAACUCUUUCAGAUGCAGGACCAUCUCUCGAAAGAGGCGGAUCGCGUCAUUCGCCAGGCGGAGAGCCCAUUCGGCUCCGCUGUCAUGACCAAUCGUCUCUCGACCCUAUCGCUCUCCAUCCCGCCAGUCGAGGCGACCACCCUGAUCUCACCUAUUCACCACCGUCGCGCCCAGCUCGUUGCAGACAUUGUGCCCAUCACACAAGCUCGCGCCAGGGCAAUAUUCUACCAGACCUACAUGGGGGCAGCCGGAGGAGUUUUUGCCUCAUGGGCGGCAUAUGUUCCUCCAUUGGAGUUGGUUUCUCCACAGACCGCCCUCGGCCUGGGCGGAUUAUCGGUCAUUGCUUCUGUGUGGUCCGGUCAAACACGUUGGCUGCGAGCACAAAAGGUAUUUUGGCGGUCAUGGGAACGGUGUACCAGCAUGUUGGCUUCGGAUAUAAAGACAUCCUUUGCAUCUGCCGUUGACACACUGGUGGUAUCCAAGCCAACUGCCGCUGCCGAUGGGCUGGAAGAGCUGGCAAGGAAGCGAAUUGCUGUACUGGAUGGGCUAGGAUCACGCUUAGACAGCGGAGGCACGGAAUUGGAGUCGGAGAAGUAG